AUGCACGUCGCCCUCGCUGCACUCGCCUUUUUUCCACCAGAGACCGUGGUCGACCCACCGCUUACGGGCGUCAUCUGCUCCGUCCUCGACCACGGGGCCGUCGGUGACAACCGCACCCUCAACACGCCUGCCAUCCAGGCGGCGAUCGACACUUGCCACCGGGCUGCACCAGCGGGAUCCACAGUGCUCGUCCCACCUGGUGCCUAUCGUCCCGCGGCCAGCAUCCACCUCCGUUCAAACUUGCGUCUCCACCUCGCCCUGGGCGCUGGCCUCUAUGGAAGCUCCGAUCCGAGCGACUACAGCGUCUCGCUGCAGUGGUUUGGUGGUCGGCAUGUGGCAAACUUUGACGCACUCGUUCGCGGCGCCAACCUCACGAAUGUGAGCGUGACGGGCUCAAACGGUGCGGCGCUUCCAGGUAAUGCGUCGAUCAUUGAUGGCGUGGGUUGGAAGUGGUGGUGCUGGGCAAAGGCUGAGGGUCGUGGCAUGCCGCUGUACCAACCGUGCCGGGAGAAGAUGGAGAAGAAGAGAGACAGCAUCGGAGGAAGCGACACCAACAACGAGGGAAACGGCCACAGCGGCUGUCGCAUGUUGCUCGGCUGA